AUGUCGUCGCCCGCAAUGGCAGCCCGCAAUACCCUCCGCCGCUCCCUCCUCUACGUCCCGGGCUCUUCGCAACGCUUCCUCGACAAGUCCCGCUCAUUAGCAGCAGACUGCCUCACCUACGAUCUCGAAGACAGCGUAACCCCGCACAUGAAAGCAGAGGCCCGCUCCCUCGUGCGGAGAGCAAUCGACCAGCCCACACCAAGCAACAUCCGGGAACGCGCCGUGCGCAUCAACUCCGUAGACAGCGGACUGGCACUGGGUGACCUGACAGAAGUGGUGAGUACCAAGGGCGAACCAGUCCAGCAACCACCAAUUGCAUUUCCUUCCAACGCUAACGAAAUCCCGUACCAGCUGCAAUCGCCGAACUUGACUACCAUCGUCAUUCCCAAGGUCAACUCCGCCUCAGACCUCACCUUUGUGACGGACGUAAUCAGCCACACCCUGUCUCAGCAGAAGCACAUCUCCCCCGAGAACCGGGCCCCGAUCUCCCUCAUCGCACUAAUUGAAUCCGCCAAGUCCAUCACGAACCUUUCCCAGAUCUGCUCCUCCACCCCCCUUCUCCAAGGUCUGAUCUUCGCCGCGGAAGAUUUUGCCCUAGACCUAAGUAUUACACGCACGCCUUCUCUAACGGAAUUUCUCUUCGCGCGCUCUGCAAUCGUAACGGCGGCCCGGGCCGCUGAGCUCCCAUCGACAAUUGAUCUGGUCUGCACAGCCUAUAAAUCUGAUAAGGCGGACGGUUCGCCGCCCGCUACUCUGGAAGAGGAGUGCCGUGAUGGAAGGAGGCUUGGGUUUAAUGGAAAGCAGUGUAUUCAUCCGACGCAGGUGAAGACGGCGAAUGCUAUCUUUGGACCGGAUGAGGAGGAGACGAAGUGGGCUGUGCGGGUGGUCAUUGCGGAUGAGAAGGCGGCGGCGGCUGGGCGGGGUGCUUGGACGCUGGAUGGGAAGAUGAUUGAUGUGCCGGUUGCGCAGAAGGCGAAGGCUAUUGUUAAGAAGGCGGGCGCUUGUGGGGUUAAUGUUGAGGCGCUGCGGAAGCAGUGGCAGCAUCAGGAGCCUGAAUAA